CUAUAAAACCGUCCCUAAAGUUAUUUUACAUUAGCUUUCUCUCUUUCUCUGUGAGUGUCGAAUUUUGCAGAACCGCAGCCAUGGCAAGCACCAAAGUUCAGAGGAUUAUGACCCAACCCAUUAACCUGAUUUUCAGGUUUCUUCAGAGUAAAGCUCGCAUUCAGAUAUGGCUUUUUGAGCAGCGAGACCUGAGGAUCGAGGGCCGUAUCAUCGGCUUUGAUGAGUACAUGAAUUUGGUGCUGGAUGAUGCUGAAGAAGUCAAUGUUAAGAAGAAGAGCAGAAAAUCUUUAGGGAGGAUUCUUCUUAAGGGAGACAACAUAACUCUGAUGAUGAACUCUGGAAAGUGAUGAUGAUUCCAGCAAUUGUGUAAAUUGGCAUUAUGAUGCCUUUCCAAUCACCUGGCAGCCUAGCAUCUCUGUUUACUGACAUCUUAGAUACAAUCUUGAACAUCAAGAAUUGUUAAUGUAACAUAGGGAUGAUUUUCUAUCGAUCGAGUAAGAUACAUUGGCCCUGUUGCUCUUUUACAUUGUCUAUCCUGCCUUGUUUCUAAUAA